AUGAGCAGCCCCCCAGCGCCGAUGCUCGCGCUCGUGGCGCUCGCCCUCCUCCUGCCAGCGCAGGCGGCAUUCACCACGACCCUGUGGUUCAACUACACGCUCGACGCCGUGUCCCCCCUGCUGACCUUCUACCCGCCCGAGUCGGCGGCCAGCCCGACGCGGUGGACGACGUCGUGGACCAACGCGAGCUGGUCGUCGCCGCUGCGCGUCGGCGUCGGGUCGGCGUACCGCUGGAUCGAGGGCGACGCGCUGCUCGAGCACGCGUCCGUGUCGUGGCGCUUUCCAGCGACAGCAUUCUACGUGCGCGGCGCAGCCGGCGACCCGGCAGACUCGGUGCUCGUGAACGGCACGCCGACCCCUCUCAACGUCGCCGCCACAGGCGUGGGCAACGACACGGACCCAGCGUCUAUCCUCCCCAGCCUCGUCGACAUGCCGUGGGCGGCAAGCAACGUCACGUACUAUGCCCCCGGCGGCAUUCUCAUCGUCGACGGCGUCACCCUCACCACGGGCAUCAUGAGCGACGCUGCGCACUGGGAGGACAUCAGCCCGAACAUGACGACGCUGGAGCAGCAGCUCGGCGGGAACAACUCGAUCACAUCGGGCCAAGCCAUCAACGUUACCAUCCCCGCAUCGACAGCCUUCGUCGCGCUCAACGGCAGCGUCUCGCCCUCGGGCGGAACGUUGCUCGCGAGCCUCGACCCGGCGCCACCGGCGUGGAUCUCGACCGACCCCACCGCGCGGCUGAGCACCAAGAACCCGUGGCAGGCGAACACGACGCUCUUCGCUUCCAUCCUCGACCCGGGCGUGAGCUACGUGCUGCGCCUGUCGGCCGAGGACGGCGCCGUCGCCCUCUCCACAAUCUCAUACUACGCCGGCAACGCCAACGUCAAGGGCGGGACAGCGCUCAACGCGACGCCGUCCAUCGUGCCCGAGCCACCCACGACAUCAGCGCCCGGCGCCAGCGGCGGCGCGCACAAGGCGAACAAGUCGAACGCGGGCGCGAUUGCCGGCGGCGUCGUGGGCGGCGUGCUCGGCCUCGCCCUCCUCGCCGCCCUCGCCUUCUUCCUCGUCCGCCGCCGUCGCCGCAGCACGCCGCCCUCGGAGCGAAGCGAGAAGAUGCUCGUUGACGACGUGCAUCCGCCGGAGGAGACGCCCGUCUCGCCGUUCAUCGACACGAAGAUCACCUCGGCCGACUACCUCGGCGCCAAGGGCUCGCUUGGCGCAGGCGCCGAUGCCGCUGGCGCUGGCACAGGGGCACGCGCGAGCCCGACAGAGAGCACCGACGGGUCCUGGGCUGCCGGCACGCUGAGCGCCAUCAGCCGUGCGCGCCCGUCGUCGACGACAGCGCCCGAGAGCCCGAUGUCGUCCCCGCUCGACCCCGAGCUCGACGCCGGCCCCGUGCUGGAGCGCCCGCCGCCGACGUACAACCCCGCAUGGGAGGGCCAGGGGCAGCCGGGCCCCUCGGGUUCUGGCUCUGGUGCGCCCGAGGUGCUGGCGCCUGCGCCCGCCGAAGGCGAGGGGAAGAAUGUCCGCGCGCUGCCUACCCCGCCUGGGCUCGAGGAGGCGCGCAAGCGCUCGUAUAAUGACAUGAAGGCGGCGCUGUUGGGCAAGCAGUAG